AUGGAGUCGACGCCCGGACAGCUUCGAGACGCGGGACGUGACGCCAGCUCAUCCCCGAGUUCAAAGCAGGACGCGCAGAGCUUCUCCACCCCGAGCCCCCUUAGACCCAACCAAGUGAGCGAGACCUCCCUGUACGGGGUGCCCAUCGUAUGUUUGGUCAUAGACGGUAAGGAGAGGCUGUGCCUGGCGCAGAUUUCUAACACUCUGCUGAAGAACUACAGCUACAACGAGAUCCACAACCGCCGCGUGGCUUUGGGCAUCACCUGCGUGCAGUGCACCCCCGUGCAGCUGGAGCUCCUGCGGCGCGCGGGGGCCAUGCCCAUCUCCUCCAGGCGCUGCGGCAUGAUCACCAAGCGGGAGGCCGAGAGGCUCUGCAAGUCCUUCCUGGGAGCGCACAGCCCCCCGAAGCUGCCCGAGAAUUUUGCGUUCGAUGUCACUCACGAGUGCGCGUGGGGCUGCAGGGGCAGCUUCAUCCCCGCCAGAUACAACAGCUCCAGAGCGAAGUGCAUCAAGUGCAGCUUCUGCAACAUGUAUUUCUCUCCUAAUAAGUUCAUUUUCCACUCCCACCGCACCGCAGAGUCCAAAUACCUGCAGCCUGACGCGGCCAACUUCAACUCAUGGAGACGCCACCUGAAACUGACGGACAAAAACUCUGAGGAAGUUAACCACGCGUGGGAGGACGUAAAGGCCAUGUUUAAUGGAGGGAGCAGAAAGAGGACUCUGCCCAUGAGCGGCUCAGGGAUGUCCUCUUCUAUGAAACCUCAGGCCUCGUCCAGUCUGGCUCAGAGAAGCUCCCCUGAGAUCCCCCACAAAACUUUACGCUGCGACGACGAUCAGGGGAGUAAUAACCUGAGUUUGGCGGGCGGCGCGCGGACCUACCCGGUCAUCCCUGUGCCCAGCAAGAGCUUUGGCAUGCUCCAGAAAAUCCCCCCUCCUCUGUUCCCCCAUCACCCCUACGGCUUCCCGAGCUACGGCCUGUGUCCAAAGAAGAGCGACGGAGUGGCUGACGCGUCCAAAACCAACGUGCCCGGCGUGUUUUGGCCUGGCGCUAAGGACGCCCUCUACCCCGCCUUCCCCAUGUUCUGGCCUACAGCUGGAGGCCUCCCCAUACCGCCAUACCCGGGAUCUCCACCCAAACCCCCUCCAGAGCUGCCAGGAGUCCGACAGAGCGAGCUCGACUUAUCUGACCAAAGCGACCGGGGCGCACACACACCCAAAGACUCCAACCACCACCCUCUCCAUCAGCAGGACGCAGAGCGCUGCUCCAGCUCCCAGUCCUGCUCCACCCGCACCGACGAGGACAAAUCAGGAGACGAGACCCAUCAGAGGAAGAUCAGCUACAUCUCAGCCUUCAGGCCUGUGGUCAAAGACGCGGAGACCAUCGCCAAACUCUACGGCAACCGGGACGGCUUCGGCGCGCGCCCUGCUGGCUACUUGUCCCCGGAUUUUAUCAGCGAGAGCUCGAGCUACAGAUCCAUCUCUCCGGACAGAGACAGCGUGGUGGAUGAAGACGACGAAGACCCGGACGUGGACGUGGAGUCAAACCGAGGGCAAGACGAAGACGAGCCCAUCCGGAUCUCACCUGGAGGAGAGCAGCGUGACUCCUCCUCCUCCCCCGUGCAGGAGCGGGUCUCAUCUGGUGCUGAGGAGAGCCAGGAGCAGCCUGAAGCCUCCAGCCCCGGAGCAGCGGCAGCGGCAUCACCGGAGGACUCCGUGCGCACCGGGUCAUCAGAGGAGGACAGACGGAUGCGUAAUGGCUCUCCUCUUCAUGAAGUUUACGUUCAUGGAAAAGACGGCCACGUGCUCAUCAGUGAGCCUGCAUCGUUUGGCUCCAAACAAUCGAGCAGAUCCAACGGUGUUCAUCACGCGCCUGAGCCUCAGAACCAGCGCCACACAGCAUCCUAUCAGGAGCACAAGGACAGACAAGCAGAUGGAGCUUUACGCAUCGACAUCAGCGUGCGCGAGAGAGACCUGGAGAACAUGGCCAAAGAGGAAUUGCAGAAGCAGCUUGUGGAGCAAGUUGAGCUGAGGAAAAAGUUGGAGAGAGAAUUUCAGCAUUUAAAAGAUAAUUUUCAGGAUCAAAUGAAGCGCGAGCUGUCCUACAGAGAGGAAAUGGUCCAGCAGCUGCAGAUUGUUCGAGACACUUUGUGCAGCGAGUUGGACCAAGAGAGAAAGGCUCGUUAUGCAAUACAGCAGAAGCUAAAAGAAGCUCACGACGCCCUUCACCAUUUCUCGUGUAAGAUGCUCACCCCUCGCCAGUGUACCGGAGCCUGCACCUUCAAACCCCCGCUGCUGCCCCCGUAG